AUGGCGGCUGCUCGCAAGACCCCAGAACUUGGCGGAUAUGAUUACGAAUUCACGGUCCAAGUUCGUGAUAACUGUGAAUGUCUUGUGUGUCAAUUAGCAAUGAAAGAUCCAGUUCAGAUUAUAGGAUGUGGACACAGACUUUGCUUCAUCUGCAUGGAAUCACUCUUGCGGUAAAUGUAGAAAACAUGAAAUUUGCACAACAAUGCUAGCAGUUUCACAAACCGCGAGUCUGCUCAAACGUUUACAAACUAACAAUACUUAAGUAUCGAAUUCGCACGCCAGUAAUACCAACAUCAAAGAUUUAUUUGAGAGUACGAUCGAUAUUUUGCAUAGGAAUGUGUAAGAGUCAGUUUUCAAGCUAAUUUCCAUUCUUAAAUGUGUCUGCUUGAGUGCGUCAUUCGUUAUUAAUGGCCCAGGGCUUAAUAUUUUUUCCUACUUUGAAAAGUGAUUCAAUCUCUCUUCCCUGAUUGACCAUCAGAAGCCCUUCACCGUUGUGCCCAGCGGACAGGAAGCCAUUGUCACGUGAUAGGGUAAGAGAUUAGACGGUUCACGCAAUGCUAUUCAUGCUUUGUAAAAAGACUCGAAUUUACGGUUUUGCCUUCCAAUAGAUGAUCUAUUGAAAACUAGCAGGCUUGGAUAAAAUUAAAGUCAAUAUGUCAGAAGGUGUCCUUCAUUCAGAUUGUAAAAAAUCCCAUCACGUAACAGUAAAAACGUUAAAACUAGUUCCAAGAAAACUAUCCAUCUACUUUUUGUUGGAACAAAAUUGUAGCUCGACGAAGGAGUAGAAUUCUCGGUGGACUCUCGAUUACAUUAUAAAAAGCUGGCUGUUGUAUGUCUGGAAAUGUUUUUAGAAUAAAUUUAGAAUAAAUUGUUAUUUUGGUAGAUAUUUCCAGAUUCUGCCUUUCAUCGCGAAAUUCUGAAUCUGACCGUGAAGUGUCCUCAUUCUAGAUGUUCAUGGACUGGAGAGCUGCGUGCUGCAGAGGUACAACUAAGGCAGAGAAAAAAAUUACCUUUAGCCAGAAGACAAGGCAUUCAAUGUCGUCACAGGACUUAAACUUGCGACGUUUUAACUUAACAGACACAAUCCUAGCGAUAACUAUUCUUACCAACUUUCGUCUCCUCUAUCUUUCCUUCUACUCGAUCCUCCCUCAUACGUCAUCUACGUAUAAAUUUUUAGCCUGAAAUCUCUAAAACAUCAAUUCUUUUUUCAGUGUGGCCACACAGGCCAUAUGAAAUUUGUUUUCGUUUAAAAUUGUGAUCAGCCUCUACUACGUGAUAGAAGACUAACCAUCUAAAAUUUGCCUCGCUCCCUGAAUUUUUCCAGGCCCUUUUUCUUCAAUUGCUUAAAUUGCUGUUUAACUGCGAGGAUUAUUGCUUUACUUGAGUGAGCGUAGAGCAAGACUUUCACAGCACACCUUUCAUAUGUUUUGAGAAAGCUAAGGCAAUAUGUCACCUACAGAAACACCAAUCCGAAUGCCUGUUAAAAGAAGUGCAGUGUUCAAACCCAGGUUGUACAGAGAAGCUGCCCCAGCAGGACAUGUCAGUUCACGUGGCAUUCGAAUGUUCCUGGAGAAGAAUAAAUUGUGAAUAUUGUCAAGAAUCAGUCCUGUCUCAUAAAAAGCAGGUAUGCAGAUAUCAUCAACACGUCAUCUUGAUUCUGUUGUUUUUCAGUUUCAGGGCGAUACAUUCCUCACUUAGAUUGACGAGAUCAUUGUUCGUAAUUCCAUAAUGACAAUUACGGGCCAUUGACGUUCAAUACGGGAACGAAAGGGGAUUCUUUUAUAAUUAUAAACAUAAAUGAGGAGCAUAUCCUUGGCACCACAUAACAUCAUCUCUGCCUUGGCUCAAAUUAUGAGUUUUUGUUUUCUUGUUUCCACCAUUUCAAUGAAAUUUGAAACGUCACACGAGUGUGAUCAAGCUUCAAAUGCCGGCGUUGGGAGGCGAAUUUUUAGUACAUUUUAAAGGCGAUUUCGAAAGGCUGUACGGAAUCUCAAACUGUGGCAAGUACUACGUUUUCAUAUUUUUAUCAUGUUGAGCUACAUCUUUAAUAUCAAAAAUGUUUGGUUCGGAGUAUGCUGCUGCUUUAAUUUGUGUGGGUAGCUUACUUGUUGAGAACAUUUUCUCUUUUUUGACAGCCAAGUUUUUAAUUAUUUGCGUUAGAUUGCCCUGCACUAUUCGCGAGUUUAACCGGUCCUGGAGUGAAAUGUGGCAUCGUGCUCAAACGUGUUCUCUACUUUUGUCUAGAAACAUUUUGAUGUUUGCCAAAAGUUUCCAGUUCAGUGCACCAAUGAGUGCGGCGUGAGAGAAAUUCCACGAGACAAGGUUCGUUUGCAUCAAAGUUAAGUGAUUUUAAUUAUUCGAAUUGGCUCACAGUUAGAUCACUCGAUAGGGAAGCUCACUUUUAUUUUAACAAUUUUUAAAUUCGAAAUGAAGGUCAUUGAUAGUAGCACUGAACGAGGGCUUUAGAAAAUCAAGAUUGGCUACAACAAUUUUCUCCGAGUCUACAAGCUUUGGGUAUCAACAAAAAGUAAGCCUGUCAAGAAUUGAAAGCUUACAGAAUGGUUUAGAAAGAAUAGCUUAAGAAGGUUUGCAAGAGCAUCAAAAGGGAUGAAGAAGAAUUUGGUUAAUAUAUGAGUGGAAAUUUACAUUUCCAUUGUUUCAUGAACUUGGAAUGCCUUGUCCUGUUUACAACAAAUGAGUCAUCGUUUUUAUUGUUGUUUACAGCUUGAAGUUCACAUUCGUGACCAAUGUCCUGGAGCUGCAGUUACCUGCGAGUACGAGAACCUGGGAUGCAAGGCUAUGGUAUGGAACUGUUUUCAAACUUGAUUAAACUCCAUUCCUCAUAUGCUGUGAAGCAGCUUGUCAGUGUGAAACAGGUUUUAAACAGGUAUUUAGGCAACUCUAGUCCGAGAAGGUUGUUUACCAAAGCUUAAUCGAAGCUUGUACUGUCAGAGGGGAAUCCAUAACUUAAAGUAUUUAAUGUAGUCCCCAAGUUCAACGAGACUUUGAUGCUUAAAAUCAAGAAUUAAAUAAAAAACUCAAAGUUUCGAGUCUAUAGGGCAAGAAAAGAUAAACCGCGAAAAAACAGAUUAGGAAGCGCAACUGAAUUCAAAACUUUAAAUUUUAAAAGAGAUCUAUUCCUUGAUGCCUAUAGUUUCCAAGAUCAAACACCGAUUCUCAUUCAAAGUCCGAAGUUGAAGGUCAUUUGAGGUUAGCCCUACAUUGCCUUGAGGCCACUCGGUUACAAGUUCAUGAUCUUGUCAGCCUUGUCAAAGAACAAUCACAGCAGAUAGAGCGAUUGAUGUCCAGUGAUCAAGAAAAGACACAACAGAUGGAGAGAUUGAUGGCUGAAGUUAAAGAACAGUCACUAGAUGUUAAAAGGCUGAUGUCCAAAGAUCAAGAACACUCACAUCAUGUACAAUGGCUGAUGUCCAAAGAUCAAGAAAAUUCACAGUAUGUACAAUGGCUGAUGUCCAAAGAUCAAAAAAAUUUACAGCAUGAACGAUGGCUGAUGUCCAAAGAUCAAGAAAAUUCCCAGCAUGUACAAUGGCUGAUGUCCAAAGAUCAAGAAAAUUCACAGCAGAUGCGAGCGACACCAAAGGAUAAAGGAAAGUAAAAAUCCAACUUCUUGGGGCGAAUAUUGCGCAAAGAUCAAGAAAUGAAACAACCAAUGAUAGCUCAAGUUAGGGAACAGUCAGAGCAGAUAGAAAAGCUGGAGAUUGCGAAUGAUCCAUUUGUAUGGAAAGUGCCCCAUUUUCAUGCUCUUCUUGGCAAAGCAAAAACAGGGGUAAAACAAGUUUUACUGAGUGAAUCCUUUUCUCUGUGGAAAGACGGAUACAUGUUAAGAAUCAAAAUGAUGCUUGAAAAGUUUAGUGAGUGGGGCUCAGUUUUUCUAAGUCUCUCGAUCGUAAAUGUCCCUGGAGAAUUUGACAAGUCACUAUCAUGGCCAUUUGUAGAAAAAAUACACGUAGCAAUAAUUGAUCAGAAUCCAUGCAAGGAGGAGAGCGAUAACAUGUCGCAUGUGAUUGACUUUGGACACAAACGCGACCGAGCGACUUUUAAAGCUCUUACGAUAACCGAUGACUGCGAAUUUGGUACAAUGUUUGCCUCAGCAAAUGAGUUAUAUAACAGAUCUUAUAUAGUUAACGAUGCUGUUCUCAUCACAGCAAGUACGGAAGGGUAA